GUGUUUUCACUGUGACAGGAGGGGGGUGGAACGAGGAGGAGUGUCAAAUGUUUCAUAUUACACUCCUCAGCUAGGAGUGAGGAAAAAAGAGAAGAAGAGGAGGAGGAGGAGGAGGAGGAACCCUGGGGCUUCUUUUCUUCAGUGGCAUUUAAGUUGGAGUUUAUUGAGGCAGCAGCCGUGGAAAAUGAAGAUCUCCUCUGUGGUGUUUGCUCUUCUGACUCAAGCACUUUUUGGAGAUUUGUGUCUGGCUAUCAACGUCACCAUCACCCCAUCCCCCUUCACAGUGGCCCAGGAGGGUGAAAACGUCACUCUCACCUGUGUUGUGUCCCAGCGGCGCCGAAAUGCCGCUUUACCGGUCGUGAAAUGGACCUUCCUACCAGCGGGCACACAGCGGUCGGUGGACGAACUCUUAAUUGCCCGCGUCAACAUGAGGAAGGCCCGGUUCUACAGCAACUACACCAAAAGCUUCCCAUGGCCCAAGCUGAAGCUGACGGUGGUGAAGCAGGGGAAAAUCUUUGACUUGCUGAUCUUGAAUGUUUCUGAGGGGGACCAGGGGCUCUACAUGUGCCGGGUGCAGGAGUUUAAAAAGCAGCAGAACCGCUGGAAGGCCUCGUCCAACUGUACGGCCGCUACUGAUCUCAGAGUGCAUGUCCUACCGGCAACCAAGGCCAAAGAAAGCCUGUGGAGCCUAUUUGAAGAUGUGUACCUGUGUGCGGUGCUGAUCUGCUCAGUGGGCCUGCUGUGCAUGUGCAUGUUCACAGUGACGGUGACCUGCCAGUACAUACAGAGGAAGCAGAGGUUAAAAGAUAACUAUCAUCUGGUCAAAAGCCAACAAAACAGCUCUGGAGAGACAGUGACCAGUGUCGUCAGUUUGUCUCCUGCACUGCCUGAAAAGUCGAGGAGGUACCGGAAGAAAAGGAGAAGAGACCAUCAGGAGGACUUACCACCUGAGAUACCAGCCAAAGUUCCCAUUGGAGACAAAAGGAAACCCAAACUUUUAAAACCACAGCCAAGGAAACUAGUGUUGCCAAAGAUAGUGGAGGAGAAUCUGACCUACGCAGAGUUGGAUCUGGUGAGGUCGAUUCCAGAAGCCAAGGCGUCACAUGGCAGCACUGUGUACGCUCAGAUACUGUUUGGGGAGCAGGAGCUAUGAUUCAAACACACACACACCACUAGUAACUGUGCCUCAUGUAAAAAGUAUUGUCUAUUUAUAGCCUGUAUUUUGUACUGAAAUGGUUUGUGAAGGUUAUAAUGUGCAAGACUGUACAAAGUUGUACAUAUGAUUUUAUACAAACUCUGAUAUAAUUUUCUUUUUUGAGACCAAGAUGCAAAAGAGAACUAUUUUGUAUGCUGAUGUUUUUCUUUUGCACGCGUGUUUGGAUCCUGUGUAGCUCAAACUGGGAACACAAUAGAACACUACAAUGCUGAAUGAGUCCGAAUGAUAAGGGUGUUGAUACCACGCUUUUGUCUGUGCAUUACGUAUAUGUAUGGAGCUAGGGCCAGGAGGUAAUUAGCUUAGCUUUGCAUACAAAGGGGAAGCAGGGGAACACAACCAGUCAGCCUGAAGCUAAAACUCAACAUGGCCAGUAUAGGUUAUGUGCCUUUAGAUUUUUGACAAAAGGCCCCUGUUUAUUUAUCACAAAAAGUAAAUAAAUAACUACCUGUGCAACCACAACAAUUUGUUUUUCAUUUCUAUAAGUGUACAGAUAAAACAGACAAGAUACAAUGUGUUUACUUACAUAGUUAGUAAGCUUUAGAGGCAUUGGUCAUAUGUUUAAACUCAAGGGAUACCAGGCUGUCUUUCCCUGCUUCUCGCACUUUCCUAAGCUAAGCUAAUUUAGCUUCAUACUUGAUACAUCAGAGAGGCAUCAAUCUUCUCAUCUUAACUAUUACCCAAACCAUCAAACUGUUUCUUUAAAAUAACAAAUGCUGUUAUUUUAAUAAACCAAAAUACAUGACGGCUCUAUGAUGGCAACAAACUGUCAGGAGGAGGCGGAAUUCAUGACCUAUACCGCAACCCGCCACCAUGUUCCGAUCAGGACGUUUUGGCUUCACUUUUGGGGAGCAGUCAUGUUAUCCAUCUUUAUAUAUACAGCCUAUGGUUGAACUUCAUGUAGUGACAUAGUUAUAUCCUGGUCACUAUGAGUAAGAAGAUCAAGGGACAAAAUGAAUUAGAGACCUCCAUUGUUAUGAAUGUGAACUAGUGCAUUUUCAAAUGUGAUUUACUUCUAGUGUGUUCCCAGCAUUAUCUGUCUCACAACAUCUGUGUUCAUUCUGUUUUUGUGGGUCAGGCGACAGUUUAUAAUGACCACGACUCCACAGAGUUGAUAUUAAAGUAGCGAUUAGCCCUCGACCUCUGCCUCACAGGCAAGUUUAUGUGAGAGCCUUUCAUCUGGUGCCAAAAUCAACUUAACUGGCUGUUAGCGACAAAUGUAUGUUUACACACAUGCAAGGGUGGAGUUGCAUGCAGGAAAAACACCCUUGUAGACUAACACAAAAAGGUGCCUACUGUAAAUCCAAAUAAACAGCUGUGACUGGUAACAGGGACAAAACUGAGACCUGUGUUUGGACUAUUUCACAUUAAUGUAACUCACAUAUAAGUUGAUUUUGUUUAGAUUAGAGCCAGAGGCCACAUUGGUUGUAUUCGCACAUACCUUCGCUACAGUUUACUUGCUUUCUCACUUUCUGUGUUAAAGUGCAUAGGAGUCUUUUUCCAUUUAAUGAUCCUCUGGAUUCAUGCAUGGAAGAACCAAAGGAAAGUAAACUUGAUACCCAGACACAAAGGCACCGGAUUCGAGCUUCCCCAAAGACUUCCACUAUCUUAUGAGAAGUUAUCCCUUCCGAUGGAGAUGAAGUAGCACUUUCUUGGUAAUGCUUGAAUAAGACUCUGAACUCCAAUUCUUUUUUCCUGCUUUCAAACCAGCUAAUUAUCUGGUUACUACUAGUAUGCAGUCACUCCUCUGUGAAACUUUCAAGAGCACUUGGUAGCCAUGUUAGCCUAAGUGAAAUUAUAAAUAAAAAUAAAAAGCCAGUACUUGCAGCAUAAUAAAUUUAACCCAAAUAUUAAACCAAACAUAUUUAAAUAUGCUAAUUCUGAUGUUUAAAUUCAAAAGUCGUAAGCUUGAAGCAUGAAAGUUGAUGCAAGAUCCUGACACCGAUAGGUUAGCAUACAGUUUCCGAUAAUUCGUUUUUUGACAUGGUGUUCAUCAGGUUCGAACCUACAUAGUGUUCUAUCGUUAAAUAAUUUAAGCCAAGCAGUCCUCAUCAGGAUGGACGACUUGUCCGACCAAUGAGAAAUUGCUUGAACCGAAUUAUCUUUCUUUACCCACGUAUCGACCAUUUAACCGGGACAAAAGCCCCAAUGUGCUUGGACUUUUCUUUUUUCCUCUAACUUUAUAUUAUGUUACAAUGCAAACCACUGCUGACCCCUGCAUUUUGGGGGUUUUUCAUUGUUCUCUUCUGUUCAGUUGCACAGUGUUUAUUAUCCCUGUAUAACAUGACUGAAACUGACCCUUCAGUGGUGGGUAGAAGCGUCUUAAAAAUGCCCUCAAACUGUGAAAUGUAAAGUUUCUUCCAGACCACAUUGUCCUUAAUGGGAGUUCGCUAACGAGAACCAUAUGUAUGAAUGGUGCCUCUCCGCUCUCCCUCUCUAUGUUCCCCUCUUCCUCUCUGCCCAACACUGACCUAUGAACAUUCCAGCGUUUUGGCUCUUGUCCAUUUUGUACAUUUCUGAUGUGUUUGUAUCAGCAAAUCAAAUAAAUAUGAAAGUUGAUGGAA